CGUAACCUGUCAAGCUUUCUCGUAAGAGUUGUCAUCGCAUCGGUCAAGGACACUGUCGGUAUCGAAUCGGCGUGUCAAAAAUCGGUUUCAGAAUUAUUCUUAUUGUGUUAUAAGUUGCAGUACAAUACGGAUUUCUAGAAGUUUUCUAGUAUUAACACGUUGAUUGAGCGUCGAGCAUGGCAGCCCCUGUUAUUCUUACAACUACAUCAAAGCACACAGCGACGGUAAUUUAUUUUCAUGGAUUUUUCUUUAAUUAGAUUUAUAAGUUGACUAUUUUGCAGCUAAUAUUUUUGCAUGGACUUGGAGACACCGGGCAAGGAUGGGCAAGUGCAAUGGCAGCUCUGAGGCCCCCUCAUGUGAAAGUAAUAUGCCCUACUGCACCCACAAUGCCAGUCACAUUAAAUGCUGGUUUUCGAAUGCCCUCAUGGUUUGAUUUGAAGACAUUGGAUGAGAGUGGUCCAGAAGAUGAACCAGGAAUUAAGGCAGCAGCUAAACAGGUUCAUACUCUGAUAGAAUCAGAGAUAUCUGCUGGUAUUGCAGCUGAAAGAAUAAUGGUAGGAGGGUUUUCACAAGGUGGUGCACUGGCUUUGUAUUCGAUGCUCACUUAUCCACAAAAAUUGGCUGGUGUAGUAGCACUUUCAUGCUGGUUACCACUCAACAAGAGUUUUCCUGCUUCAAAAACGUCUCCUGAUGAUGUACCAGUAUUUCAGUGCCAUGGAGAUUGUGAUCCUAUUGUUCCUUACAAAUGGGGGCAAAUGACAGCGUCUGUGUUAAAAACCAUGUUGACAAAUGUUGACUUCAAGACCUACCGAGGAGUAGGUCACACUUCAUCCGACCAAGAACUCGUGGAUGUGAAGCAAUUCAUAGAAAAGUACCUUCCUAGUCAAUAGACGAUUUUUAAAUAUAUAAGCUUGUUCUUUGUAUUUGUUAAGUUACUACCUUCGCUGUUUUCCCGUUUCUCCAAAGAUUAAGAGAAAUGUUGAACAGUGGACAUACAUAAGUCUGCAAUUAGUAGUGAUAGUUGAUAACUGAUUUUAGUCAUAGUGGGAUCUAUGGACUAGGUUACUGUCGCAUUUAUUCCAUUUUCUGCAUCUUUUUGUCGACCAGGUCUUCCUAUAAAAGAUCAUCGUCAUCGAUUCAUAGUAAAGUUUACAGAAUACGCAUUGUUGGGUCACUGGGUAUUACAAAAACCUUUUAAGUACGUAUCUCUUGAGGUGGUUCUUGCGUCUGGCCACAAUAAACAAUUUGAUAGAAAUGUUCCAAAAAUUAAUAUAAAACUUGGAGAAUUAAAAUAUUAUCCUACAAUUUGAAGAACACCUGCCAUUUCGUUUUUGUGGGCGUCUAUUGAGUAUUGUAUGGGUACAUAGUGAAAUUUUAUACUUUUAGUAUACUGCUCAGCAUUUCUCUCACAACUAACAUUCCGUACUCCUUUGCAUGGUAUAUAAAAGUAAUUUUAGUCACUUGAAUCUGUGAAAUUAUGUACCUUGUAAUUUAAAUUAUUGAUUUAGACAAAUAAAAAACAUAAGUACAUUUGA